AUGGCACCCCGAUUCAAGGACGGUGAUGCCGUGGUUGCCUUUAAUGGCAAAUGGGUCGCCUGGACUCACACAGCCUUCGCAUAUGCGGCCUUCUUCAGCGCGUUGAUCGUCGGUGUGGCCUUGCAUUACCAUAAGAUCGUCCAGAAUGAACACUACGGCUAUCCCGAUGAAUGGUUCCCUUCCGUUUCCGCUACCAUUGGCGACCGAUACCCCGAGCGAUCCUUUUUCCAGGUCUUUAUUGCCAUGACUUCUGGCCCUCGCUUCGCUCUCGUCUUCCUGUGGUAUGUGCUGACCGCACGUCCCAAUUCGACUCUGCCGAAGAUCGUUGCUUGUGUCGGUGUCUUCCGAACCUUGACCUGCGGUGGAUGGACCUAUGUUACAUCUACUGAUGACCAUGACUGGCACGAUAUCUUCAUGAUCUCGUACCUUGUCGCUACUUUGCCGUGGACUUUGGGCUGUUUGGCUUUGAGCCCGAACAACCGCCGGGCUGUCAAGUACCGCAAGAUCAUGGCUAGCCUCUUCUUUGGUACCCUUGUGCCCUUGAUCUACUACUUCAUCCAGCACAAGGUUCACAAGGUUCCUGGUGCUUACACCCGCUAUGCUUUCUUUGAGUGGUCCUUGGUUCUAUUCGAUGUUGGCUUCGAUGCCAUUACCGUGCUGGACUUUGAGGGUCUCGAGCUUGUGGUCCGUGAUCUGAAGGGUAUCAGUAGAGGGCAGUUGAAGACGACUGCGGACUCCGUUCUCGAAAAAGAGAAGGGCAAGUCCGUGGGCAACACCUUCGGCGAGGGCUUCUUCUGGACCGAGAUUGUCGAUGCUGCUGCGGAUGUCUACAACGGGUUCGUUUUCUGGACCAUCGUGACUGGCUUGCCUGUCCUUGUGUGGUACUUCCCCCUGUGGCACAUGGGUAUUUCGGGAUAUGAGGUUGCCAUUACUGCUGUCAUUUCUCCCAUGUUCUUCGCCAUCCCAUCCCUGCGAUUUGCCGCCGUGAAGAAUCUGCGGGCCCUUCACUUGAUCUCGCUUGUCUCCCUAUUGGCGUACAAGUUCCAGGACCCGGCUAACCGUCUCUUCGUGACUGCAUUUGCGCUUGCAACCACUUGUGCCGCCUGGACUGCUACUUUCUUCGCCGAGCAGGCCAACACCACUCGUCUUGAGACUCGCAUCAUGGCCUGGGGUAUUGGCCUUAUCAUGUCCGUCGUUGCGAAGUUCGCUUGCUCUACCAACAACCCGCUCUGGCCCAUCAUGCACGCUGAGAACGGUGGCUGGAACAAGAUUGGUCUUAUUCUGGCUAUCGUUGCUGUGCUGAGGUCUCAUCGGGCGACUUUCACCAGCGGCGGAGACUAUCUGCCCACGAGCGGCAAGAAGGGCUCUUCCAUUCUGGCUGGGAUUGGCUUCGGCGGCCUUAUGUUCGCCAUUGUUUCUCUCCUUACUGACUCCAGCACCAUGAUCUCGUGGGUUUGGGAUGGCUAUCCCGUCCGCGGACCGAUUGCGGUGCCCCACGGUGCUGUUACUAUCUUCGUCAUGGGUGCUGGUCUGGUCUAUGGUGUUUUCUAUCCUGCCGUGGCAGGUAGCUGGACCGCUUACGGUCUUGGAUCCGUUGGAGCUGCUCUUCUUACCUAUUACCAUCACUGGACUGGUUACUACGGCGCUCUUGCAUUUGCUUUCUAUGUGAUGGCUGCUACCCCAGUCCUCAUUACUUCUUGCGUCCGUCACUCCCCAGCAACUACCUUCGGAAUUGGCUUCCUGCUCUAUGUGUUCCUUCUUCUUUUCCACGUCUGGGUAGUUGCUUACGCAUUUGUCCCCGGUGGUCCUCUCGUCCGUGAGCACACUGACUGGCUCAUGAUCACUACCAUGCUCGCCAUUGGUGCUGGUGUCUUCUCUGCUGCGACGACCAACUCGGGUCGCUCCCGAAGCAAGCCCGUUAGCCCCAACAGCAAGAGACAGCGAUCCUAUUACAUCUAUGUCCUUGCUGCGCUGCAGCUUUUCUCCGUGUCUGUGGCCUACCUACGCUUCCCCACUAACGAUUACGUCCCUCAUCACAAGGAGGACAAGGUCGUGACUGCCGGUAUCUGGACAGUUCACUUCGGCCUCGAUAACAACAUGUGGGCCGCCGAGCGCCGCAUGCGCGAUGUUCUCGGUGAACUGGAGCUGGAUGUAAUCGGCUUUCUCGAGUCCGAUAACCAACGUAUUAUUAUGGGCAACAAGGAUGUCACCCAGUACAUCGCUGAGGACCUCGGCUACUAUGCCGAUUUUGGCCCUGGUCCUAACAAGCACACAUGGGGCUCUGCCCUUCUCUCCAAGUUCCCUAUCGUCAACUCCACUCACCAUCUUCUGCCCUCGCCUGUCGGUGAGCUGGCCCCGGCUAUUCACGCCACUCUUGACAUGUAUGGCGAGAUGAUCGAUGUGGUCGUCUUCCACUCCGGUCAGGAGGAGGACCCGGAGGAUCGUCGCCUUCAGACCGAGUACCUUUCGAGACUGAUGGGCGCAUCUCCCCGCCCUCUGAUCCUGCUGAGUUACUUAGUCACCAAGCCCCUCGAGGGCAACUAUAACACUUAUGUUAGUGACAUCAGUGGGAUGAAGGACAUCGAUCCCACCGACUGGGACAGAUGGUGUGAGUAUGUUCUUUACAAGGGAUUGAAACGAACCGGUUACGCCAGAAUCAGUCGCGACACCAUUACCGAUACCGAAAUCCAGGUUGGCAAGUUCGUCAUCGGAGAGCCGGAGCCGGAGAAUGAGAUGCGUGUCCCCGAAGAAAUGGUUCCAGUUGGCCGUCGUUUCCCUGCUCUCUUCCGCGGCGAGGGCGUCCGUGGACAUCGUUACCACGUCUUCGACGAGCCCCGAUACUGGCAAUAA